UGCGCGGAGGCGGCGGGCGCAUGCGCAGUGCGCGCCGCUGUCACCAUGAACCCGCUGACGAAGGUGAAGCUGAUCAACGAGCUGAACGCGCGGGAGGCGGAGCUGGGCGUGCAGGAGGCGGUGUCGUGGCACGCUGAGUACAAGGACAGCGCCUGGGUCUUCGUCGGCGGGCUGCCCUACGAGCUCACGGAAGGCGACAUCAUCUGCGUCUUCUCACAGUAUGGAGAGGUGGUGAACAUUAAUCUGGUGCGGGACAAGAAGACGGGAAAGUCCAAGGGUUUCUGCUUCCUCUGUUACGAGGACCAGAGAAGCACGAUUCUUGCUGUAGACAACUUUAAUGGCAUCAAGAUAAAAGGCAGGACCAUCCGAGUGGACCAUGUGGCUAACUACCGGCCCCCCAAGGACUCCGAUGACUUGGAUGAAGUCACCAAAACCCUCCGUGAAAAGGGCUGUGGAGUUAAAACACCGCCUCACACAUCAUCCGAUUCAUUGUCAGAAGAUGACAGCCCACCAGUAAAGAAGCAGAAAGGUAAAGAGACGAGGAGGCAAGAACGGCAGAAGCAGAGCCAGCAUGCUGCGAAGAGGCCUGUAUCUGCGGAGGAGUCACAACCAAGAAUCAAAAUUAAAAAAGAGAAAGAGGAUCCUGCCUAUGACCGCUAUGCCAAUGCGAGUCAGCAGUCCUGGAAUGGGUCGGAGAGGAAACAUGUAAGCAGGACACAGCGGGAAGAGGAAGAGCAGAGGCACCAGAGAGCUUUGGAGAGAAGAGGAGACAAGAGCUGCCAGGAACAGAGGGGACAGAGCAGCUCACGGAAGGAGAGAGGUGAGGCCAGCAGAAAGGGUGAAGGCCACAGCAGCAGACGAGAAGAACGUCUUGAGGGAAGCAGAUCCAGGGACCACCGGGAGAGCUCUGCAAGAGAGUCCCACUCCUGGCGCAGAGAGUCAAGUACCACUAGGGAUUCCAGCCGUCGCUAG